AUGUUCAAGUUCCCAAUAAAACAAUUCGAUUGCCGCCCCUUUCAAGGCCCAAAGACUCCUCCAUCGCCACGAGUUCUGCGCGAGGUUUGUACGACAAGUGAUCCUAGAAAUCUGUCACCAAUAUCUCCCGUUUCUCCAGAAGCCAGAUCAUAUUCCGUAGAAGGUGGCAAUAGAUUUGUCCCAUAUUAUUACUAUCAGCACAGACGAUAUAAAAAGACUGGAGACACUGAGCAGAAAUUUCAAGGUGAUAAGAGAGAAUCAUACCAAAGUCAAUCUCGUGAUGGAAUUUGUCUGCCAAAUUUUGCAAAAUCCUCCUGCCCAGGCAAAUAUAUGACAAACUAUGCUGUGGAUCAUUCGGGCAUACACACAUAUUAUCAGUUUAAAAAUACUGCCGCAGUGCCAGUUAAAUCUUCUUCCCACAGCGCAUACAGUCCCUUAAACCAGAGAAGAAGAAAUUGUAGAUAUACAGAUUUUUCAGAAUCACGCUCUUCUCGCAAUAUUAGUAAUGCAGAUGUUAGUUCCAGCAGAAAUCUACCUGAGUACAUAAAUAGAAAUGAGCAACCUAGAAUGCGAUAUAAUAUACCUAAAACUAAUGAACAUAGUCAACGCUCGCAAUCAUCAUCAAGCUGUUCACUUGCUGACUAUGAAUUAAGUUACAAACCAGAGGAUUAUGGAAAUAUUAAGAGAUAUCAAAGAACUUCUAAUGAGUCUUAUAGGCGCUGUGGUAAUUCCACUUUCAAAUGCCCUUAUCCAAGGAUUUCUGAAGAAAAAACAGCUAUUAAACAGGGCAGAAGUAGUGGCUUUAGAGAUGGUAUCUCAAGAGAAAUAAAUAACACUUUAGCUAGGCGAAUACGGCAACGGACAGAAUCAGAAAGCUCGGCGAGUACCUACCAUCAAGAUUCUGAUAGGCAGAGCCGAACGUGUUCUUCAAAAGCAUCGACAAGUAGGAGUAGUUCAUCUUCAGCAGGAUCAAGUUUUAGUGGCAGCUCAAGUAGUGUGGCAAGUGGCGAUAAAAGUAGCAGUGGUUCCUCCACUCGUUCCUCCAGCUUGAGACUGAGAUCAAAGUCAAUUAAAGAAGCUUCUACACGCAGCUCCAGCUAUAGAUCAACUGAAAUAUUAAGCAAACCAAGCAAAGAUAAGGCAACUCCAAAAAUCACCAAGGAAGAAGAACAAGAAGAGUGUGACAAUGGUAGAACAAUUUUUAAUGAAUUCAAAAAUAUAUCACGGGAUAUAUCUUCGAAUUCACAAACAUCACUCGUACUAAGUAAAUUUGUACAAAUUGAAGAGAUAUCUGUCAAAAGAAGUCCUUCUAACAUGGAUACGGAUGAAGAUGAAAAAAUAGUUGAAAAGGAUAGCGCAGGUACCGCAAAGCUUUCUCAUGACUUUAAUAAAAAUGUGCAGUAUAACGAAGGAGAAGAGGGCGAAAUACUUUCAGAGUCGGAAAGCGAAUUGCUUAGUGAUGCUGUGCCAAAGUCGGUGGGAGGUCAAACAGAAGUACGGUUACCUACGAUAUGGGAAGUUGAAGGCAAGCAGGCUGAGUGUCAUCAAGAAGACUCAUCCAGUGAAAUAACUUUUACUGCCAGUAGCCAAUAUUCACCCAAGGAAAGAGAAAAAUGGACUGAAAAUUCUUCUAUAUCAAAGGAGGGAAAACGGCGCAGUGGAUGGCUCCCAAGUCAGAUUGCUUCAGAAUUCAUCAAAAAACCUUGUGUGACUUCGUUCGAUUCCAGAUUAGCCUCGUUCAAACGAAGCUCUCCAGUAUUGAGAUGCAAAGUUGGCCACCAGAAAACAAAUAGUUUAAAAUCUUCCCGCUCUAAUCUAAGCUUAAACUAUAAAGAUGAAGGUGUGAUAAGGGCUCGUCCGACUAAUCGCCGGCUGUACAACGGUAAACCAUGGCUACACUUUUGUCCAGCUACUCACACAAGAUCAGCCGAUUCUCCUUGUCAAAAAAGAGCUCGUAUCGGAAAGUUUAAUGAUGCUGCAACUUGCAUUAGAAACAGGGCGCUUCAAUUUAGGACUAUUGGAACUCGCCAGAUUCAUGAUCGAGCAAAGGAUGCACGUUUUGUUCUUGCUCGACGCGUUAAAGACAUACAAAGUAGAAACAACUUUUUGAGGUUGAAUAGACAUGGAUACAAUCGAAGAGCAUAUAGAAGGUCGUGA